CUCCUACUCAGUCUGACCUCUUCCUCUUCCUCCUUCUCCUCCUCCUUCUCCUCCUCCGACGAUCCUUCGCCGCCAUUGACCCGCAGGCAUCCAUUCCGACUCACCAUUCCCCAUUCGCGUCACCGCAGCCAGGCACCCCACCACCGCCGGUUGUUCUUAUCACCCGCCUCCACUUGUCUGUUGCUUCGACAUGACCCGAUGAGUGCAGCGCAUUCGACUCUCUCUCUCUCAACGUCAAUAGACCAUGUUCGCGCGGUGCAAGGGCGCUAUUUGGCACAGCGACGACUUCUCGCAGUGCUUCCAGCAUGACUAUCUGCAGACCUUGCUGCCAUUGGUAGCAUGUGCUAUCUCGGCUCUCUAUCUCGCCUACCAACUCCUCCAAACGACGAUUCGAGACAAACAGAGCAGCGCAGGCUACCACCGACUACCCAAUGGCGGACCCCACCACGCCCAUGGCCACGAUGCGGAUGCCGAUAGUGAUGCCACAACCGCCACUGGCAGCGAGGACGAAAUGCGACGAAAUGAGCAAAUGGCGUUGCAAAUGACCAAGACGCAGACCAAUGCCUCUGUCAUCACUGUGGACCGACCACGCGGAGAGCUUUGGAUCACGCUUGUAGAAGAGGUGGCAGUGUUGGCCGAACUGGGCAUACAGGUGGCGGCAUUGAUUACACGGGCAUGGGGCCCACCAAGAGGUCGAGUGGCGGCACUUGCUGAGGUCGCGGUUUGGACAUACAUUGCUCUCCUCGCGUCUGGGCGCUUGCUGUUCUCGAGCUCUUCAAAAUGGUCAUUCCCGGCCCUGUGGUACCACACGGCCUUUCUCUACAGCUUUCAAUGGCUAUGCGCUAUCCUUGUCUUUCGCUCAGAGAUUAUACACCCACAAUCACGACUAUCCGAAGCGCUGAUGAGCAGCCACUUUGCCUUGACGACUCUUCUUGCCUUGAUCGCACUGUGCUCACGGAAAGGCAACCAUGCUGUCGAGCUCGAGUAUGAGGACGGCAUCGAGCCUUCGAGGGAGCCUCUCGCAAGCGUCUUUUCUUUGGCUACUUUUGGCUGGGUCGACCCGAUCGUCUGGACUGGAUACAAGAAAGCAUUCGAGAUGAAGGACGUAUGGAACCUGAUGCCGAGAGAUCAGGCUGCCGUAAUCCUGGCGGACUAUCGACAACUGAAGAAGACUUCAAUCUUGGCCUGGCAUUUGCUCCGAUACUUCAAGCGUGACUUGAUCAUUCAAGGCUUGUAUGCCGCUAUUUCAGGAGCUGUCACCUUUGUGCCUACUUUGCUGCUCAAGGUUAUCUUGCAAUACGUAGAGGACCCUUCACAGACGCCUCGGAAUGCCGCCUGGCUCUACGUUAUCCUUCUGUUCGUCUCGGGAUGCGUCAAUGCUUUGUCCAGUGGCCAAGCUCUCUGGAUUGGCAGAAAGACCUGCAUUCGGCUGCGAGCCAUCAUCAUUGGCGAGAUCUACGCCAAAGCCCUGAGAAGACGUGCCGCAGCAUCUGCAGACAAGAUACUGGGACAAGAUGCGAAGAAGGAUGACAACGAGCCGAAGCAGGGUUUCAUCAAGAAGGUAUUGACGUUUGGGCGAAAGAAGAAGAGCAGGGACGAAAAUGGCCAGCCCGCUGCGAACAAGGCCGAAACCGCGCUGGACGAGCAGGUCACUUCGGGAGCCAUCAUCAACCUCAUGGCCGUGGACUCCUUCAAAGUGUCCGAGAUCAGCGCAUAUCUGCACUUUCUGUGGGCCGAAACACCCGUACAGUUCGUGCUCGCUAUUCUACUGCUCUAUCUCUUCCUGGGCAACAGUAGCAUUGUUGGGAUUGGCAUGAUGGGAGCGCUUCUGCCCGUGAACAUGUACAUUGCGAAGAAAUUCACCAGUGUGCAGAAGAAAAUCCUUGCCGCGACAGAUGCACGAAUCCAUACGACCAACGAGGUACUGACCAAUGUCCGCAUCAUUAAAUACUUCGCCUGGGAGCAUCGCUUCCUCGCUGUGGUCGACGAGAAGCGCCAGGUGGAGCUCAAAUACCUUCGGAACCGAUACAUCGUAUGGGCCGCUGCAGCUACCAUCUGGUCUGGCGCACCGGUGCUCAUCACGUUCCUGACAUUCCUGGUCUACACACUCGUGGAAGGCAAAGAUCUCAUUCCUUCUGUGGCUUUCACCGCGCUAUCCUUGUUUAGCCUGCUUCGUAUCCCGCUGGAUCAACUCGCAGACAUGGUUGCUCAUGUACAAGAAUCCAAGGUUUCCGUCGAUCGUGUAGAGGAGUACUUGAACGAACCAGAGACCGAGAAGUACCACCAGUUGGUAGAGGAAUUCACCGAGAACAACGGAGAACCCCUGAUUGGCUUCCGUGACGGCACCUUCAGUUGGGGUGGCAAGGAUUCGGAUGACUUCAAGAUGAUCGGCCUAAACAUGUUCUUCAAGGUCGGUCAGCUCAAUGUCAUUGUAGGUCCGACUGGGUGCGGCAAGACGUCUCUUCUGAUGGCUUUGCUGGGCGAGAUGACCAAAAUCAGCGGUUCCGUCUAUUUGCCUGGAGGUCGUAGCCGAGAAGAGCUCGCUACGGAUCCCGACACUGGUCUGACCGAGAGCGUCGCAUUCUGCGCUCAGCAAGCCUGGCUCAUGAAUGGCACGAUCAAGGAGAACAUUGUGUUCAACAGCCGAUUUGACCCGCGGCGAUACAAGAGCGUCAUCGUGGCUUGCUCUCUGCAGCGUGAUCUGGAAAUCUUGGACGGUGGCGACCAGACUUUGGUAGGCGAGAAGGGAGUCACCCUUUCUGGAGGUCAAAAACAGCGCAUUAGUCUUGCCCGAGCGCUCUACUGCCAUGCACGUCACGUGAUCCUUGAUGAUGUGCUGAGCGCUGUCGAUUCUCACACUGCCAAGUGGAUCUUCGACAACGCGCUCAUGGGCCCACUGAUGCACAACCGUACCUGUAUCUUGGUCACCCACAAUGCAACACUGUGUCUGCCGCAUGCGGAGUUUGCUGUCGUGCUCGACAAUGGUCGAGUGACUGCCCAGGGCACUGCAUACGACGUUGUCCAGUCGGGCAGCCUCGCUGAGGAUAUGGGCAAGUUUGAUUUCAAGGACCAACCUGCGAAACGCUCCAAACUGCCAUCCAGAGUCCCCUCUGAAAUUGGUGGUGACACUCUGAGUGAACUACACUCUGCCGCUAAUGGCACGCACAAGACGCGCGUGCACCGUUCCGAGAGCGAUGCUACAGACACUCUCGAAACCUUACAUGGUGACCCUCUGACACACGUCAUCUCAAAGGAUAUUCCAGGCAUGAGCAAACAGGCGAACGACAAGGACACCUUGAGUGAAGAGAAAGCGACGGGUUCAGUCAAAUUUGCCAUCAUCGCCAAAUAUCUGGGCUACAUGGGCGGAUGGUUCUACUGGAUUGUUGCGGCGUUGUGCUUCGGCUUGCAGCAAUUAUCUCAAGUUGCCACGAAUGUCUGGAUUCAGCAAUGGUCGAAUUCCUACACGAAACACGAAUACGUCGCAACGGGUGUUGCUCACAACCACACCUACAACCUGGCCCACGUUCGCUUGGCUACCUCCUCUAGCUGCCUUCGUACGGGUACAUGUGUCUGGAACAUGCCAUUUACGUCUCAGCCAUUCAGUGCCCAGUCCGCACUACAGGACGUGAAGAGCAUGAAGAUUAUGAAUGACGACGUCAACGUCGGCUACUACCUCACUGGAUAUGCGAUGCUUGGGUUGUCAUUCAUGGCUGUCACAUUGCUCCGUGAAGGUGUGCUAUUCGGGGGAUCUCUCGCAGCCUCCAGGCGUAUUCACAGGGAGCUGAUGGAACGAGUGACACACGCCAAGUUCCGCUUCUUCGAUGCCACACCACUGGGGCAGAUUAUGAACCGUUUCUCCAAGGAUAUUGAAUCAGUCGAUCAGGAAAUCGCUCCGGUAGCUGUCGGUGUGGUGCACUGCAUGUUUUCCAUCUUGACAAUCGUCAUCUUGAUCUCCAUCAUCACACCCGGAUUCUUGAUUGCAGGUAUUUUCAUCACGAUCCUCUACUUCCUGAUCGGCAGAGUCUACAUCAGUGCUUCUCGAGAUCUGAAGCGACUCGAGUCCGUGCAGCGAAGUCCAUUGUACCAGCAAUUUGGUGAGACUUUGUCCGGUAUGACAACGAUUCGAGCCUAUGGUGACGAACGUCGCUUCAUUCGCGAGAACUUGCACAAGGUCAACACUCAUUCUCGGCCGUUCAUCUAUCUGUGGGCUGCCAACAGAUGGCUGGCGCUCCGUGUUGAUGUCGUUGGUGCAUUGGUGGCAUUCUUCACUGGCGUCUUCGUGAUCCUCAGUGUCGGAACUGUCAAUGCAGGCUCUGCUGGGUUGGCCAUGACCUACGCCGUCACCUUUACAGAGAAUGUGCUUUGGUUCGUUCGCUUGUACGCCAGCAACGAGCAAAACAUGAACGCCAUUGAGCGUGUCAAGGAGUACUUGGAUGUAGAUCAGGAAGCGGCGCCCAUCGUGCCUGACAACAGACCUGAUGCGAAUUGGCCGAGUCAAGGCUCAGUGGAGUUCAUUGGCUACAGCACGAGAUAUCGCAGCGACUUUGACUUUGUUCUCAAGAACGUCACUUUCAGGAUUCUUCCUGGUGAGAAGGUCGGUGUCGUUGGCCGAACGGGAGCUGGCAAGAGUUCCCUCGCCCUCGCACUCUUCCGAGCUCUCGAAGCAGAGCAGGGCAAGAUCUUGAUCGAUAAUGUCGAUAUUGGUCUCAUCGGACUGCAAGACUUGCGCGAAAACAUUGUCAUGGUCCCACAGGACCCCACUCUGUUCACCGGCACUGUACGCAGUAAUCUCGAUCCUUUCGGCCUGUUCACGGACGAGGAGAUCUUCUCGGUGCUGCGCGGUGUUCAAUUAGUCGGAGCGGCCACGGCAACAAACUCUGCUGCUCCUUCCAGACCUCACACGCCCGGUCCUCAGUCUGGCCGAGACUCGCCCAGCUCUCCCAGUACCAAGCUUACUGUGACAGCAAAGGUCGCGCCAGUGCAUUCCAAUCCGGACAGUCCCAUCGAGAACAAGAACAUAUUCCGCAACCUGAACUCGCCCGUCGCAGAGCACGGUUCGAACUUAUCGCAAGGUCAGAGACAGCUCCUCUGUCUGGCACGGGCACUGCUCAAGGCACCCAAGGUAUUGCUGAUGGACGAGGCCACCGCUUCGAUCGACUACGCCACAGACUCGAAGAUCCAAGAAACGAUUCGUGAAAUCAAAAACACGACCAUCACCAUCGCUCAUCGGCUUCAGACCAUCAUCGACUAUGACAAGGUUCUGGUUCUAGACCAAGGCGAAGUCAUCGAGUAUGGAGACCCGUACGACCUGAUCAAUAAAGACAAGGGCACGUUCAGAGGCAUGUGCGAGAUGACUGGGGACUUUGAGCUUCUACAAAAGGAUGCGAAGAAGGCCCAUGAUGCGAAGAAGCUUGUUGAUGAUGAGUGAAGUGAGCACGGAGAGAGCGAGAGGGCGUAAUUAGCGAUCACGGCAUCGCCCAAGUGGAAGAGCAUCGACGCAUCGGGCGGCCUGAAGGUGUCGUUUUCUUGUAUGUUAUUGGGUGGCGUCCUCGGGGAUGGGGCGGCUUUUUUUUUCUCUGUUCAGUGCAAAAGCGUUAUUGGGUGCUGGCGGAAAGUCAUGUUUUUAAUGCGGUACCUGAUGUAUAGACUAGGUGGUGGUGGCGGCGGCAUUCUGCUUACUGCAUGGGUUUUGUUCUCAAUUCCCGCACCGACUGUGGAUGUACAUUUUGUUCAUAGAUGGCGAUAGGGGACCUCUGAGAAUCGAACCGAUCCG